AUGAAGCCAGUCUCUAUUCUACUGUCUCUUGCCACUGCAGUCGAUGCAUACUACGUUUGCCCUGCGACCUUGACUGCCGCAGAUGCAGCUUCCAUCACCUAUGGAUACAAGGUCCAAUCUCUGCUUGACAGUUACUACAGUAGCAUCCCAGUCAAUGCUUCUUACUUUUCCGACCUGCCCAUGGCCUCAACCCAAGACUCCAAUGGCAUGACCAAGGCCGAAAAUACUGUCACCAAUGUUCGUGGUCUUGCUAAGCAAGCAAGCCUUGGAAAACAGGCUAUCUCUGAGCUUGCUCAGAAGGCCAGCGUGAACUUAGACGACGAUUGUCAAUACCGAUACCCUUUGGCUCCAAAUGGUACCGUCUACCUCAAGAAUGCCUUUUACUUUGAGGCAACCAUGUGCGGAGCCUUCAUCGGUCUGGCCGACUAUGUUGAGAGUCCCGAAUCUGCAUUCCUUGCCGCUCGUCUUUCCGCCGAGCACGGUAUCCACGCUUCCGCUCUGAGAGCAAUGAUGCAGCCAGUAGGAUUCAUGCCCAACAGCACAUACUUAACUCCGGCUUUCACCCCCGAUAUGAUUAUGCAAGAGGGCAUGUCGGUCGGCCAGCUCGGUACCUGGCUCAACGGCUGCGCCAAAAGUCCAGCUGCUCCAUGCGGCGGUCACGUUGUCAUUGGCGACCUGCUAGCUACUUUGGCUGGACAGAAUGCAAGCAUGACUUCGGCUGGCGCCUGCCCUACAGCCACUGGUGGAUACAGUAUGGGUAGCAACGGAACUCACUCGUAUGCCAAUGGAACUGGAACCUCCUCUGCCAGCCAGAACGCUUCGAUGACUCCUCAGGCAUAUACUGGUGCAGCUGCGACCACUAAUGCCUGGGCAUCAGCAAGUCUUAUGGCUUUAGCCUUUGCUGUACUGCUUUUGUAG